AUGACCCCACUGCAUCCCAAAGUGGAUUACACAAUGACGUGGAGAAUGGGACCCCGUUUCACCAUGCUGAUGGCAAUGUGGCUGGUGUGUGGGUCAGAACCCCACCCCCAUGCCACGAAUAGAAGGAGCCACGGAGGACAGAAAGUGCCUUUGGUUUCCCCAGUGGGCAAUAGGCCAGCUCGGUUUCUGAGGCAUACUGGGAGGUCUCGUGGCGUUGAGAAAUCCACUGUGGAAGACCCAAACCUUCAGCCUGUCCAGAGAAGGAGGAGUGUGCCAGUGUUGAGACUAACUCGCCCAACCGAGCUGCCAGCUGCCUUGGGCAUCAAUGGAGCCCCAGUGAGACCUGAGCAGAGACCAGCAGCCAGGCGCUCUCCCCGUGAAAUGGUCCGGGAUGAGGGGUCCUCAGCACGGUCGAGAAUCUUGCGCUUCCCCUCCGGGUCCAGCUCUCCCAACAUCCUUGCCAGCUUUGCGGGGAAGAACCGGGUGUGGGUCAUCUCAGCCCCUCACGCCUCUGAAGGCUACUACCGCCUCAUGAUGAGCCUCCUGAAGGACGACGUGUACUGCGAGCUGGCGGAAAGGCACAUCCAGCAGAUCGUGCUGUUCCACCAGGCGGGCGAGGAAGGGGGCAAGGUGCGGAGGAUCACCAGCGAGGGCCAGAUCCUGGAGCAGCCGCUGGACCCCAGCCUCAUCCCGAAGCUGAUGAGCUUCCUGAAGCUGGAGAAGGGCAAGUUUGGCAUGGUGCUGCUGAAGAAGACGCUGCAGGUGGAGGAGCGCUACCCUUACCCGGUCAGGCUGGAGGCCAUGUACGAGCUCAUCGACCAAGGCCCCAUCCGCAGGAUAGAGAAAAUCAGGCAGAAGGGUUUCGUCCAGAAAUGCAAAGCAGCCGGCGUGGAGGGCCAGGUGGUGGAGGAGGGGAACGGUGGUGGCGGGGGAGCAGGCAGGCAGAGCCCCGGCAGUGAGAAGAGGAAAGAGGACCCCAGGAGAGCCCAAGUGCCGCCGACCAGAGAGAGCCGGGUGAAGGUGCUGAGGAAACCCGCCACCACGACGGUGGCUUUGCCCCCUCCUCCCCCAACCCCGAGGCCCACAACCCUUCCUCCGGUUCCAGCCACAACAGGGACUAGGGCUACGGCUCGGGUGGUAACGAUAGCCACAAGACCUACCACCACCACUGCCUUUCCAACCACUCCGAGGCCCUGGACCCCCUCGGCCUCCCACAGGCCCACCGCAACCACUGAUGUAACCACUGCCAGGGGGCCCUCAGUCUCAGAGCAUCUCUACCCUCCAGGCCGGAAGGAGCAGCACAGGGAGAGGCUGCAGGCCACCAGACGGCCAGGCAAGACCACCAGCUUUGAGAGCUUCACAGCCGCCCCUCCCACCACCAUCUCAGAGCCCAGCACCAGGGCUGCUGCCCCAGGCCGUUUCCGGGACAACCGCACGGACAGGCGGGAACACGGCCACCAGGACCCAAAUGUGGUGCCAGGUCCUCACAAGCCAGCAAAGGAGAAACCUCCCAAAAAGAAGGCUCAGGAGAAAAUUCUCAGCAAUGAGUACGAGGAUAAGUAUGACCUCAGCGGGCCUACCACCUCCCAGCUAGAGGAGGAGCUGCAGGUGGGGAAUAUUUCUCCCCCCAAAACCAAGGAGUCUAAAAAGCAUGAAAGGCUUGAGAAACCAGAGAAGGAGAAGAAAAAAAAAGUGAAGAAUGAGAAACCAGACAAGUUACUCAAGAGUGAAAAACAAAUGAAGAAGGCUGAGAAAAAGAGCAAGCAGGAGAAGGAGAAAAGCAAAAAGAAGAAAGCAGGUAAAACGGAGCAGGAUGGCUAUCAGAAACCCGCCAGCAGACAUGCCACCCAGAGUCCAAGGAAGGCGGUAGCCGACGUGCUGGGGUCCUUUGAAGGAAAGCGCAGGCUCCUUCUGAUCACUGCUCCCAAGGCUGAGAACAACAUGUAUGUGCAACAGCGUGAUGAAUAUCUGGAAAGUUUCUGCAAGAUGGCCACCAGGAGAAUCUCCGUGAUCACUGUCUUCGGCCCUGUCAACAACGGCACCAUGAAAAUCGACCAUUUUCAGCUAGACAAUGAGAAACCUAUUCGAGUGGUGGAUGAUGAAGACUUGGUAGACCAGCAUCUCAUCAGUGAGCUGAGGAAAGAGUAUGGGAUGACCUACAAUGACUUCUUCAUGGUGCUGACAGAUGUGGAUCUGAGAGUCAAGCAGGCAGUACUGGUAGCCUUCUGCUUCUUUUCCAGGUUCCGAUGGAGGAGGCGGUUGCUGGUGAUCUCUGCUCCUAAUGAUGAAGACUGGGCCUAUUCACAGCAGCUCUCUGCCCUCAGUGGUCAGGCAUGCAAUUUUGGUCUGCGCCAUAUAACUGUUCUGAAGCUUUUAGGCCUCGGAGAUGAAGUUGGGGGAGUGUUAGAACUAUUCCCUAUUAAUGGGAGCUCUGUUGUUGAGCGAGAAGACGUACCAGCCCAUUUGGUGAAAGAUAUACGUAACUAUUUUCAAGUAAGCCCAGAGUACUUCUCCAUGCUUCUUGUUGGAAAAGAUGGAAAUGUCAAAUCCUGGUAUCCUUCUCCCAUGUGGUCCAUGGUGAUUGUGUAUGAUUUAAUUGAUUCAAUGCAACUUCGGAGACAGGAAAUGGCCAUUCAGCAGUCACUGGGGAUGCGCUGCCCAGAAGAUGAGUAUGCAGGCUAUGGUUACCAUAGUUACCACCAAGGAUACCAGGAUGGUUACCAGGAUGAUUAUCGGCAUCAUGAGAGUUAUCACCAUGGAUACCCUUACUGAACAGAAAUAUGUAACCUUAGCCUCAGCCAGUUUCUCCUGCAGCUGCUGGAGCCACAUGUGGCCAGCUCUGUUCUUCUACACUGCCUACAUUCCCUGCCUUUUCCUUUCAGUGUUCUUCAAAGAUUAAAUAAAUAGCAAACUUUCACCUA